GAAUGCUCUGUAAAAAUGGUAGAAUUCGUCAGUCCUCGGGCUAAGAACCUUGAAUUUGUCGAGGUGGAGGAUCACGUGGCAAGAUUCUCCACCGACGUCAUCGCUUCAGUUGCUUUUGGGAUUCAGUGCAACAGCAUCGAGAAACCGGAUGCAGAGUUUAGGGAAUAUGGUCGAAGGCUUUUACGGCCUAAACCAAUACGAAACGUGCUGUUGAUGUUGGCUCCCUUCUGGCUAAACGGACUCGGAAUUUCCGGUACAGAUGCCGAUGUGACAAAAUUCUUCAUCAGUGCCUUCACCGAAACAGUGAAAUACAGAACAGCCAACAACGUUGCUCGGAAAGACUUCCUAGACUUGAUCAUUCAGUUGAUGAAUAAGGGUUACACAGAAAAUGACGAUAAGAAAUUGUCUCAAUUAUCAGAGUUUGAUAGUCAGAAAAUCACUGCACUUGAAGGAGCCGCGCAGGCUUUCGUAUUCUGGUUAGCUGGCUUCGAGAAGUCAUCUUCAACCGUCACUAACUGCCUGUACGAGUUGGCGCUACAUCAGGAUAUCCAGGACAAAGUGGCUGAAGAAGCGAACCGAGUACUUGGAGAAUUCGGGGGAAUGUCUUACAACGGAGUAAAGGAGAUGCGCUAUCUUUACAAAGUCGUAUCAGAAACUUUGAGGAAGUAUCCAGCCGUCCCGAUUCUGAACCGAGAAUGCACAGCGGAGAUCGAUCUGCCCGAAACUGGACUCCACGUUGAGAAAGGCACUGCGAUAAUCAUUCCCGUUUACGGACUCCACAACGAUCCCGAAAUAUAUCCAGACCCGGAAAAAUUCGACCCUGAACGUUUCACCGAGGAAAACAUCGCCAGCAGACAUCCGUACGCUCAUCUGCCAUUCGGCGAAGGGCCGAGGAAUUGCAUAGGUGCGAUCAUUUUUCAAAGAAUUUAUCAAAGGGCCUCAAAACAGCUUUGCGGAUGUUUUUUACAUGAAUCAGAUUCUGGAAACAUGGCGUCUUACGCAAACUACUUUUUGGUACAAUUCAUUGGGGCAAUCUUUACCCUGAUCUGUGCUGCUUACAUAUAUCUGAAAUACGUGACCUACAAGUACUGGAGUUGGAAGAACAUUGAUUUUGUCAAACCAGUUGUCCCCUUUGGCAACUUAUGGCCGGUGCUUUCGGUUAGCACUUCAAUUGGUGAACUGUUUCGAGACAUAUAUUCGAAGUUUAAGAAAAGUCAGGUCGUUGGGGUUUACAUGUUUCACAAGCCGGCACUCGUGGUCAAUGAUCCUGAUGUCAUGCGCUUUGUACUGACAAAACAGUUCAUGAAUUUCCACGACCGGGGCGUGUAUUGCAAUGAAACAGUAGAUCCGUUGUCUGGUCAUCUGUUCACCAUUCCCGGUGCAAAGUGGAAGUACCUGAGGACCAAGUUCUCUCCGACGUUUACUUCGAGCAAGAUGAAGCAGAUGUUCUUCACGGUUCAGGAAUGCUCGGAAAAAAUGGUCGAAUACGUUGGUCCUCAAGCUGCGAAUCGUGAAGUGAUCGACGUGAAGGACCUCGUAGCAAGAUUCUUUACUGACGCAAUCGCAUCAAUUGCCUUUGGGAUUCAGUGCAACAGCAUCGAGAAUCCGGAUGCAGAGUUCCGGAGCUACGGUCGAAAGGUUUUGAAGCCGAGACCAUUGAUGAACGUGAUUAUGAUUUUAGCUCCCUCUUGGCUGAAACUGCUCAGAAUUGUCAGUAUUGACGCCGACGUGGAAAAAUUCUUCGUCAGUACGUUUAUCAAGACAGUAGAAUACAGAGCAGCCAACAACGUGGUUCGAAAAGACUUUCUGGACUUAAUAAUUCAGCUGAUGACCAAGGGUUACAUAGAAAGUGACGAUAAAAAAUGGACCCAACCGUCAGAGUUUGAUUGUCAGAAGAUUACACUGCUCGAAGGAGCCGCGCAGGCUUUCGCAUUCUGGUUAGCUGGCUUCGAGACGUCGUCUUCAACCGUCACCAAUUGCCUGUACGAGUUAGCACUGCAUCAGGACAUCCAGGAAAAAGUGGCCGAUGAGGCGAACCGAGUGCUGGCUAAAUUCGGGGGAAUGUCUUACAAUGGAAUCAAGGAGAUGCAUUAUCUCCAGAAAGUCGUGUCAGAAACCUUGCGGAAAUAUCCAGCUGCCACGAUUCUGAAUAGAGAAUGCACAGCGGAGAUCGAUCUGCCAGAAACUGGACUCCACGUUGAGAAGGGCACUGCGAUAAUCAUCCCCGUUUACGGAAUCCACCAUGAUCCUGAAAUAUAUCCAAACCCAGAAAAGUUCGACCCUGAACGUUUCACCGAGGAGAACAUCGCCAGCAGACAUCCCUACACUUAUCUGCCAUUCGGCGAAGGUCCGAGGAACUGCAUAGGCAUGGGGUUCGGGUUAGUUCAGACGAAGGUCGCACUGGCCAGCCUACUUUCAAAAUAUCGUUUCACGUCGGAUUUGGAUCCCGAAGUACCGAUGGCAGCUGAUAAAGACAAUGUCGGGGUAGCGUGGACGGAUGGAAUGCCCCUUCGAAUCCAACACCGUUAAUCGAUAGUCGUCGGAACACCUGCAGUUAUUAACGUAUUAGCAAAAUUCUUUAACAAUAAUUAUAUUUCGAUCGUUAUCAUAUGCUAUUAUGCAAAGCAAAAUGAAACGAUGAAUAAAUAUUGAAAGAAAUGAAAAUUUAUAUGUCCUGCUCAACAAGUUUGUAUGCAAUUAUUUAUGGUCUUUAAAAAGUGGUUCGUAUUCCCCGAUGUGAGAUGACAAAGAAGUAUACAUGUAUGUUAUUUAUAAAACAAUGUACCUUA